CCCCAUUCUCUUCCUCCCUUCUCACAUUUUUCCACAACCAAAAACUAGUCAAUUUUUGAAACCUCAAUCGGCGCAAGUUAGCAACAAAAAGCCACUACUCAACCCCAUCAAAAUCAAAAUCAAAAUCACCACCCAAAAGGCCAAAAACCCUACCCAUUUUUGCCUUGAAAUCAAUCUAUUUUCUCUCCCCCUAACCCACAAAUAAGAUGGCCCACAACCCCACCCACCACCGGCGCAAGUUAGCAACUCCAGAAACACCUCCCAUUUCACAACCCAUCACCGGGAAAAGACACACCAAGCCAUCAACCACCACAACUUCCACCGUCUACAACCUCACAAACCACUUCUCAAGGCUACAUCCCAAUCCAAAGCCCACUAAAACCCAAAACCCACUUCCCCAAAAACACAUGGACACCCAAUUACAAGCCAAAGCCUUAUCACAAUCAGUCAAUUUUGAGCCUUCAAAUCCAAGUUUUGGUCAAAAUAAUGGGAAAAGGGAGAAAAGGGUGGUUUUAGAAAGUGGCAAAAACAAGUCUUUGGUGGUUGUUGAGGAGAAAGAAUUGAAGAAAGUGGGUAGAGAAUCUAAGAAAUUAGGAGAAAUACUUAAUAAUAGUAAUAAUCUUAAUAGUAAUAAUAAUAAUAAGGUUAUGGUGGUUAAACCAACAUUAGUGGCUAAUAAUGGGAUGGGGAAGAGAAGGUCAUUUUGUGAUGUUCAAGUGGAGUUAGCUAAUUUCUUGCUAACCAAUUGUGCUAAAGUGGUUUCUGCUGAUAUGCCACCAUUUAUGCAGAUUCAUGUUGUUGGUUUUGCAAGGAAGAUUAAAGAUAGUCUUGAGAAAUUCACUUCUAAGAAUCUUGCCUUGUCAUUGAAAAAGGAACUUGAUGGAGUUUAUGGACCUGCUUGGCAUUGUAUUGUAGGGAGCAGUUUUGGGUCAUUUGUGACUCACUCUGUUGGUGGAUUUCUCUAUUUUUCUUUGGAUCAGAAGUUGUAUGUCUUGUUGUUUAAAACUACUGUACAAAGAGCCGAUUGAAGCUACAAAAACAUUCCGAUAAAGGAAUACGGUGCAAUUAUUUUGAAACGGAGUUACUCGAAGUAAUUAGGAAGAUGCUUUGAUUUGAUGAAUGAUGAAAAAAAAAAAGGCUUCUUAGGGAGUAAAUAGUGAAAACAAAUUUUGUAGUCUUAUGUAUACCAAACUUUGUACUGAUGUACAUGUUUCUUGCUACUUUAAAAUAUAAAUACAAGUGAUGUAGUUACAGGUUU